AUGGACACUUAUCACCAAUUAAUUUAUAAUGGUUCCAAUAUCCCAGGGUCUCCCAUUCACUCGCCGACUAAUACACCAUCGCCAACAACCUCGCCCUCACAGACUUCACCUUCACUCAGCUAUACAGUUUCACAUGGGGUGCCUACGAUGUAUGGAAAUAAUAUGCCCCUGUUCCCGUUCCCGUCGAAAAUACAUUCCAAGCUGCAACAGACGAUGAACCACUCUUUCGGUCCACAUCCAUUGCUUAAUCAGUCUGCCGGUCCUCCUGGACAAGCAUUACCACCACCUGGGUCUAUCUUGACUCAGCAACCACCCUUGACUGUAUCGUUAUCUACGGGAGUUUCUAACCCUUUGUCAACUGGGAUUAGCUCUCUACACUGGCAACAGCAGUUAUUGUAUGCUCAGUCUUCUCGUCAAUCUGCUUCUCCUCAUCACCACGCACGACAGGCAGCAGCGGCAGCAAGAAAUAAUAGUUCGGCCGUUGCAAUAACAGAUCCAAACAAUCCUAAUAAACCUCCUGUAAAUGGUGUAGGUGUUGAGAAGAGUUCUCAAGAUAAAAAAGAUCGGUCUAGCCAAUGGAAAACUAUUGAUUUGGGCGGUAUGGGGCUUAAGAACAUUAGUAAUGAACUAUUUCGCUAUACAUUUUUGACUACUCUAUACAUUAAACAUAACAAUCUGACUCGACUAUCGCCCGAGAUUGCAAAGUUACGACGUUUAACAGUGUUGGAUGUCUCCGGAAAUAAAUUGACGUCUUUGCCUCCUGAAUUGGGUAUGGUGACUAGGCUGCGAGAGUUGUUGGUGUUUGAUAAUUUGUUAAUGACUCUACCAUACGAGCUGGGAACUCUGUAUCGGUUGGAGAUUCUUGGCCUAGAGGGAAAUCCGAUCUCAGAACCUAUUAAAUCAAUGCUACAGAAGGAAGGAACUCCGGCUGUCAUACAAUAUCUUCGGGAUUCAAGUCCAUUACCACAGCAACCGGCAGAGCGAGAAUGGAUAUCACUGGAUAAUGAUCCGAGUAAUUCAAAUAGUCCUGAUGUCUUCACUCUCCUUUCCUACAAUGUCCUCUGCGAAAAGUACGCCACUUCUCAGCAUUAUGGAUACAUUCCUUCAUGGGCGCUUGCGUGGAACUACCGUAAAGAUUUGAUUCUACAAGACGUAUUAUCAUAUAAUGCGGAUAUCGUGUGUCUGCAGGAAGUCGACACGAGCCAAUAUGAAGAGUUUUUCAAAGAUCAACUCCGUGCGCAGGCCGAUUAUGACAGUGUCUAUUGGCCAAAGUCUCGUGCAAAAACGAUGUCAGAGUGGGAGAAGAAAACUGUGGAUGGCUGUGCAACAUUUUUUAAGGCGUCAAAGUAUACCUUGAUCGAUAAGCAGCUGAUAGAAUUUAACCAGGUCGCAUUACAGAGACCAGACUUUAAGAAGACUGAUGAGAUGUUUAACCGGGUAAUAACGAAAGACAAUAUUGCAAUUGUAACAUUGCUCGAAAAUAAAGAAACUCAAGCUCGCCUCAUUGUUGCAAAUUGCCACAUUCAUUGGGAUCCUUCUUAUGCGGAUGUAAAACUCGUCCAAGUGGCCAUGCUAACAGAUGAACUUGAGAAGUAUGCCGAGAAAUGGUGUGCUCAGUCCACUAAUCCAAUCCAUAAUUAUUCGCCUCCUACAAAAAUGUCUACAAUUAUCUGUGGUGACUUCAAUUCAACGCCUGAAUCUGGAGUGUAUGAUUUUCUCAGUCAUGGAACCGUACAACAAGAUCAUCAUGAUUUUGGUGAUCACGUAUAUGGGACUUACACAUCCGAAGGAUUAUCUCAUAGGUUCUCACUGAAGUCUGCAUAUGCUAAUAUCGAAGAGUUGCCUUUCACGAACUUUACCCCUUCGUUUACCGGAGUCAUAGACUAUAUUUGGUAUACUACGCAUUCGUUGACUGUGACUGGACUGCUUGGCGGUAUAGAUAAGGAAUAUGUAUCGAAGAUGGUUGGAUUUCCAAACGUACAUUUUCCAUCAGAGUCAGUAAAAUUUCAGUUAUAUUCAGAAGCUUGUUUCUUAUCAGUUGGAUAUAGUACUAACUCUUACUAA